AUGGCCAAUCAAGAAAAGCAAACGAUGGCCUAUUUUGGUGCUACUGGCGGAAGUAUGGCAGCAGCCUUGGCAAGCGCUCUGAAUGAGGGCCAUUACUGCACAGCUCUGGCUAGAAACCCAGAGAUUCUACGCAAGAUCUUGAUUACCGAGAAACACAUCGCAUCGGAGGUCAUUAACAAGUAUCUCACUAUCCAUCAGGGCGACGUGAGAGAUGCUUCUGCCGUAACAAAAGCCCUCAUCAACCCAACCAACCCAAAGUUCGUCGUCGACUUUAUUCUCAGUGGCGUCGGCUCGCGUCCCAGGUUCCAAUGGAGUAUUACAAGACCGUUGCCGUUGAAAGACCCGACUAUUUGUGAAGAUGCCACCAAAACACUUUUCGACGCUCUCUCCAAUCUUGCAGCUUCCGGCAUCACCGGUACUGAAACUUCACAGAAACCUCUCCUCGUAGUUGUCAGCACUGCGGGAUGUGGGAGAGCUCGAGGGGUUCCUCUGCCGAUCUAUCUCCAGUACCAUUACCUUGUUGGAGGACCACUUGCAGAUAAGCAAAGGAUGGAAGAUUUGAUUCUUCAAGAUAAUGGUCGCCAUGUACGGAACUUCGUCAUCAUGAGACCGCUGAUAUUGACAGAUGGAGAAGCAAAGGCCGACGGGCAGCUUCGAGUUGGUUGGGAAUGGGGUGUUGUCGGUGACAGGGGGCCUGAUGAGCCAUUACCUAAGCUUGGAUAUCUCAUGAGUAAAGCGGAUCUCGGGAUGUGGACUUUUAGUCACAUUGUUCUCGAGGGUGGGUGGGAAGGGAAGUGUGUGUAUUUCAGCUAUUAA